CAACUCCCAUGUUUUUAAAGGGCGCGUCAUAUCCAAUCACGAGUUGACACUGUGUGACCACAGUUCCUGGUUACGGGCGGAGAGAGAGUGGCUAUAUACGAGCUCCAAUUUAAAGAUCUGUUAUUUCAAUAGGUGCUGAAAACUGUUGACCAUGAUCGACGUGCGAGGCUGGGCAGAGUACGUGGUGGAGUGGGCUGCCAAAGACCCCUACGGUUUCCUCACGACGGUCAUACUGGCUCUCACACCCCUCUUCAUUGCCAGUGCGCUGUUGUCGUGGAAACUGGCCAAGAUGAUUGAAGCCCGGGACAAAGAGCAGAAGAAAAAGCAGAAACGUCAGGAGAAUAUUGCAAAGGCCAAGAGGGCCAAGAAAGACUGAGCCUCUGAGAAGGGCACGGAGGGAUAAGCAAUAGGAGGGAGCUAAAUGGCCUGGUCCACGGCUGUAUUUCCCUCCCAAGUCUUUCUGCCCCCCAGGACUCAGCCCCACUACCAUUGCAGGCCCACAAGGCAGCUUUUGUGGGAGAAGAAGAGGAAAAAUGCCCACAGGGCCCCAGGGCUGACAGACAAUACUGCAGGGACGUGGCGCCUCCUCCUCCCUAUGGGACUCUUGGUAGCAAGAGCACAGUGGUCAUCUGUAUAAUUUGUUUCUGUGCAGAGAUUCACUUUACAUUGCAGCUGUUGCAUCACCUUGCAUUCCCUUUUUACCAUUGAUUUUGUUGAUUUGAUUGCAUAGAAACUCGACUGGAAAUGUCAUUUUCUUCCAAAUUGAAAGUAUUAUUUCCAAGUGAUUUUAAUAAAGUGCUGGUGGGUUAUAGUUA